CAAAGACUAGGCCUACUUAAAAGUGACGGACGUUUAGACCCAGAGAAGCAGUCCAGAUCAGAUUUUGGGAGGCAUGCAGAGUUUCCAUCACCGCAACUCCUUUAACCCCGACGGACCACAGAUUUCCUACGUGCAGUCUGACAUGAAUCUUCACUCUCCGUUAUUACACGGGGAUCUGCGCUUACAGUGAGGGACAGAAGUAUGGCCCAAGCAGGAAUAUGUUUAGUCGUGUUUUUCAGUUCUGCAUAUCUCUUCUGUACUGUUCAGGCUCAGUAUGAGAAGUACAGCUUCAAAAGCUUUCCAGCGAACGAGCUCAUGCCGCUGGAGUCUGCGUACGGCCACGCGUUAGAGAUGUACACGGCUCAGGACUGGAAGCAGAGCGCUGAAUAUCUGGAGCUGAGCCUGCGCCUGCAUCGGCUGCUCAAGGACAGCGAAGCGCACUGCAGCCACAACUGCAGCUCCGUGGGCCGGGACUACGAGGAGAACAACACGGAAACGACCCUCCUGAUCAUGGGCCACAUCAUAAUGCGAGCUGCAUGCCUGAAAAGGUGCAAAACAAACUUUCCCGUGUUUUCUAAAUCAUAUCCUAAGAGAGAGACUUUGGGUGCUUUCGAACAGAGGAUACCCUACCGUUACCUUCAGUACAUCUAUUUCCAGAUGAAUGAGUUGGAGAGAGCGGUUUCGGCAGCACACACGUAUCUACAGCGAAACCCUGAGGACCCCCUUCUAACUAGGAGUCUCAACUACUAUAAAAGCCUGUUUGACACGGAGGAGUACCUCGUAGACCAUGAGGAGAAGCCCUAUGAGGCUUUAUUCCUGAAGGCUGUAAAGCUGUAUAAUUCAGGAGAUUUUAGCAGCAGUACACGAGACAUGGAGCUGGCGGCUGCUGAGUAUUUUAAAACAUUCAACACGUGUUUGAUGUCCUGUGAGGGAUCAUACGACGUGCAGGAGUUUAAAGACUUCUACCCAACCUUAGCCGAUUACUAUUUUGAAGUAAUUAAGUGUAAAGUAAAAUGUGAGGAAAAUUUGAUUCCAAAUGUUGGUGGUUUCUUUGUGGAGAAAUUUGUUGCCACCAUGUACCACUACAUGCAGUUUGCUUAUUACAAAUUAAAUGAUGUGCAGAAUGCAGCAUUGUGUGCAGCAAGCUAUAUGCUGUUUGAUGCAAACGAUCAAGUGAUGCAGCAGAACAUGGCCUACUACAGAUUCCACAGACAACAGUGGGGACUGCAGGACGAGCAUUUCCAACCACGACCAGAAGCUCUUAGAUAUUUCAAUCAAACCACCAAACUGAGGGAACUUCUGGAGUUUGCACAGAAUUAUUUACAGACAGAUGACGAGGAUACUGUUAGUUCAGAAGAAGCAGCUUCAUCUCUGUCAAGUCCUCCUGAUGAAGAGUUUGAGGGAAUUGGGGACUACGAGGAGUCUUUCCUGGCUGAAUGGUGGCAGGAACCCAAAACUAAAGGAGAUACAGGAGAACCAGCUGAAUAAGCACAAACCAAAUCAUAUUAUUUAUACUAGUUCCCUGAGGGAGUCUUCAUCUGGUGUCUUCCUCAUCCCUUGUUGACACUUUACCCCUUUUUCAUUGGAGAUGGAUUGUACUGUGUCCAGUCUAACUUUACUUUUAAGUAGAGUAUUUUGAUUUUUUGUAUAAUUUCAAUGUAAUAAGUUUUAUAAUAACAGUCUCUGAUCCAGAUUUGUAUUUUUUAGUUUAGAUGAGCUUUUUUUUUUUUGGCUUUUGUUUCCUCACAUGUAUUUCAUAUGAUCUAUUACAACAUAUUUUUAUUGAUAUGAAAUGUAUCUGCCUCUUUUCACAUGCAAUCUCUUUUAUUCUGAAUCACUUAUAGAUGAUUUCAUUUUCAGGCUUUAUAAGAGAGUUGCUGACACUGUUUGUUUUGACUGAUAAGGAAGAUUAUAUAUCAUGGAAAUAUGUGUAAAUACACUUGAUCAAAUAUGAGACAAAAUUCAGCUGUUAGCAGCUUAAAAACAGUGCUGUUAUUCAGAUCCAUUAUUUAGGGUUGCUUUUGAUUGGUUUAAUAGCCAUAUAUAGUUCAUAAGGUUUUGAUACAAGCUCAACUUUGCAACACAAAAAAACAAAGAAGUGUUUUAAGAAGUGUUUUCAAAGCACUUUACAGAAGCAAUGUAUCCAUGGGCCUCAAGACCCAUGAAAUAAAAUCUAAAGAUAUAACAGUUA